AUGAAAACCUUGGUGUGUCGCGUGUGCCAGAAAGCCUUCUCCAAGGCUGAGCAUUUGAGGCCAUUCAUCUGCAGAAAAUGCAACCGACCAUUUGCUCGUCAAGAUGCCCUAGCGAGACACGAGAAAUUACAUACUCGUGUGCCAAUCACCAAGGUGACCCAGAGGCAAGACCCCCAUGACACUCUGUCCCAGACCACCGACGCAGAGACGCUCUCGAGUUGGGAGACCACCAAGGUACCCCUCGAGUCCUCAGCGCCAGUCAAUGUGCCGACUCAAUCGUGGGAAGAGCCGCUGUUCAAUCAGGAUGCGCGAGAGUCAAUAGCUCCGGAUCUGGACUUGGCCCUAAUCUGGCCAGACUCGGAGGACCUGUUUCAAAGUAUCAUAUCGUCUGAUACCACUGACCAAUGGCAAAUGCCUCUGGGAGCGCUCCCCUUCCCACCAGUUGCGCAGGACAUUCACUCGUUGAACCUUGGGUCUCCCAAUUCGUUCGACAAUCGAUGCUCCUCUAUUGGUGCCAUUCCGUCUGGGGGAAGUCGCCAGGCUGUUCGAGAUGUAACGGAGAUGGUAAAUAGCUCGUCCUCGAGUGUGACGGCCGCGGUCAAAGCUACAUCCAUUACAUCUGUCUUCCUAGAUGAAUGUCUGCAUAUGUUUUUUGUGCGAUUCAUCCCUACAUUUCCCAUUCUCCAUCGAGGAACGUUCGUCUUCCGAGAAUGCACCCACCCACUACUCCUUAAUGCAAUGGCCCUUGGGUCUCUGUACUUGGGACCAAAGGACUCUGUUACGAAGGGCGAAGCUCUGUGGCAUCUCGCACACACAGCUGUUGCAACGUCGUCCAGCUUCUCAUCACUGCCCUCCUGGGCCAGAUCUACGGCGCGUUGUCCAAGAAUCAUCCGCACUACGAGCCAGGUCUUCCGGCCGAUGGGCUUCUCCUGGGCGAGACACUGUGGCAUGAUAGAUAGUGCGCCCUUUUCUAUGGACGAUGUUCCAUGUCCAGACACACCUAGUAUCGACAAAGACCACCAAUGGCGUACCUGGGCGGCAAGAGAGAUCCAACAACGUGCCUUGCUUGCCUAUCAUAUCCUAGAUGGUCUUGUAGCCCAGAUGUCUGGUGACGGGACAUCCACGCGGCAUCUAGUCAAUCCACUCAUUCUCUCCAGCGCCGAGGCAGCAUUUGAUGCGAGUAAUCCAGACGAGUGGCUAGCACACAUGCUCAGCCAGAAGACAGAACAGCCUUCAUUCCGACUGGUCUUUCGCUCAUUGUUUCCCCCAGACGGUAGUCUUCAGCCCCUGGACUAUCAACUCUCUGCUCUGGGCCUCCGUGUAGUUCUCGAGGGUCUGCAGUCUCUCGUAUCGGACUUGGACGAGAGUGACUAUGCCGCGGUUGGGGUGCCGGAUCGCUCCAGUGUACGGAAGGCGUUGGCCCAGGUGCAUGAGACUAUCUCUAUGAGCAUUUGCUUGUCUAAUCCUGAAAAGCUGGAGCAUGUCUCUGCGGGUUCUCGAACAACCAAGCCAGGAUUUGACAUCGCCAAGUGGGUCAACACCGAGGACGCUCGGCGAUCUCUCCUCCAUGCAAUUGCAAUUCAGGAUAUAAUCGAGCAGCUCCCUCGGGGCCGAGCGCACGUUAUCCACAUGCCCAGCUCGCUUUUCGCUGCGGCGACCAUUUACGUGGUCUUCUCCCUCGCGGGGGUCGCCACUGUUCAUCUUCCACCCACCAUUGUGUGGCAGGAUGCUCUUUUGACCGGCGCUGAUUUGAGUCUGGGGUCCCACGGCGGCCAAACACUGAUGCGGACCGAAACCAAACGGUUUGUGGAGGAAGGGCAAACGGAUAGUUUACCUGGCGUCGGGGCAGCGCGGAACCUCCUGUACGAAAUGAACUCCAUGCAGAAGCUAUUCCGUUGCUUGAUUUCCCAGUGGGGAAUCGCUCAUGACAUGGAGGAAAUUGUUGACCGAUGGAUCAGCCUUUGCCACUGA